AUGGUUUCCUCCGUGGACGAAGUUGCUUCAUAUCGGGACGGCGAUGUUGUGGGCGAAGGGCCCGACGCCUUUUUCGACAACUCCGGCGACAACACCAUGAUUAUGAAAAACGAUGCAGCAGUGAGCCACGUCUCUCGACGCAAUCGCUGCUGCGGCGGACGUCAUCGUACUCGGAUGAUCGUCACUGUAGGGCUGCUCUUGUUUGUGCUCAUUUUAGUCAGCGUGUACCGUAGCAAGAGCCAGACACCCCGGGAACCCUCUAUGUAUACAGCGUCGGGGCUGUUGUUGGUGCCUUCCAACCAACAGCCUGGAAGAGAAUCUGCAAAAUCUUGGGAUCAACUCAGCUCCGAGAUUGUAGGACCACUGGUGAAGCGUUCUGGGGAAGGAUACGGACACGCCAUCGCCCUUUCGGAGUGGGAGUACGGUCCUCGUCUUGCGAUUGGACUGGGGGGCAACGCACAACAACCCGGGUUUGUGCAGGUAUUCCACCACAACAAAACGGCGGGAUGGGUGCUCGAAGAUACAAUUUCUAUUCCUGGUAAUGUCUACGCCCAACAAGAAGGAGAAGAGCGACAACAUCUGGCCAUGGCGGGUGACGCCCGUCGAGUAGUCUUUACCCAGGGCAACUACGCUUUUUUCUACUAUUUCAAAUCUACCUUUACGGAAUUCAGGUGGAAACCUUUGAACGAUCCCAUACUCAUUGAUUCCGAGUUGACAGCAAACGGAGAAGCGGAUCAAUUUCUUGAAACUAAGCUGGCUUUGAGCAAUGCAGGAAAUGUGGUUGCGAUCGCCUCCGAAACGGUCAACAGAGCCCAACUCAAAGUCUACAAAGACGACACGUCAUGGACACAAAAUACGUCUCCGGUUCACAAAUGGAAGGUGCACAGCACAAUUCCAAUCGACCAGCUCAUAGGUGAUAUUUCCAUAUCUGGUGACGCCACUCGUCUCGCAAUUGGGAAUGUGGGGUCCACCGUCGACGACAAUGGCGACGAUUCCGGAAAGGUUCAGGUGUACGGAUGGCAAGGUGGCGACUGGUAUGAGCUUGGACAAAUGCUGCGAGGCAAUAGAACGUUAGAUCGAUUCGGUUCUUCGAUCGCCCUUAAUUUGAAUGGAGACGUGUUGGCCGUAGCGUCUAACGGCUCCCAUCGUGUCCAGGUAUACCGGCUGGUUGGUGACGACUGGGAGCAACUCGGCUCAGAUUUGUAUGCCAUGUCCAUUUACGAAAAAUUUGGGAUAGGAUUGAGCUCAGUAGGGACGGAUACACGAUGGCAAGUUCCUCACCAGGGACCCCGGCGCUUAAGUCUUCGGAACAUAGUAACGACCCGGAGUACAUGGAAUACGCGUACGGCCGCGUGUACAUUAUGCAGUUCAACCUUGACGAGCUUCAAUGGAAAUCGGUGGGUUUUAUAA